AUGGCGCUCUGCGUUGCAGAACUGAUGCCACCGCUCCGCGACGCAUGCGGCCACCAGCAGCAGCGCCCGGCUCAUACUCAACUGCCCUGCUGGCAGAGGCUCUGCUUGCCGCUUUGCUGCCUCACUGCCCUGCCGGCUUUGCCAAAUUCUCGUCAGGCCACGCAGCUUGCUGAGCUCUCGGCUGCCUUGUCCGUGCUGCAGCUCUCGCAGAUGCGACCCCAAAAGGCCGCUGCUGCAGUGCCCGUUCCUUCAGCUCAGGAUAGCUCAGCGGGUACGAGAGAGUCCGUGUCCAAGUAUGCAAAGGAGGACUUGGAGUUCUGCUGCAGGCACAGCGUGUCGGAACCAUCCGCGUUGAAAGCUAAUUUGGACCGCGCUCUGGGUCUUGAGCCCGUCAAGGAGUUCAUCGUGCAACGUCUGCGCGACGGAGCCGGCCGGCAUGUCCUCAAAGAAGGUAAGCAGCCACGACGACACGUCCUGACCAGUGGCGGCUUUGGGGUGGGGAAGCACGUCGCAGCCGAAUUGAUUUGCCGACUCUUCGAACUCCUGAACCAUCAACUUACUGCAUCGGUUCGUGUUGGAUCCAGGGUUCGCCUGGCAGCCUGGCAAGGCUCUGAAAAUCGAGGCAAUGACAAAAAUGACAAGCUGGUGGCAGAGGCGGAUCUACUUAUCUCCAUUGGCCCCCUCAGCGAUUUGCCCUUGCGCUGCACUUCUGUGGCAGGCCGAUCCUGUUUCUACAUGCGCCUCACUGCCGGCCUGACGGAGGCGGAUGCAUCCAUGCUGGAGCAGGUGCGUGACAUUGGCAGUGUUGUGAUCAUGGGCCAGCCAGAAUCUGCAACAUGCCACCUGCAACUGUCUGCUUUCCGCCGUCGGCAGACAGACCUCCUGGUCUUGCUACCUCUGAGCCCGACAGAUGUGGCCAUGCUGAUUGCGGCAGAAGUCGAGAAGCGCGUCUAUGAAGGCGUUGGAGAGGGUGAUGUCGGCACGAGGCAGCUUAUCACGGUGCUCGAGCACAUCGUGCCGCUUUGA